AAUUCCUGCAUCACUGGUGGCGAAUCAAAGUAAUGCCAGCAGACGCUAAGCAGAGGUGGCAGUCCAGACGGCAGCACUGUGUGGAGAGCUGUGGCCUCUUUCCUUUAUUUCCUCUUUCUUUAUGGCCGAUUCCGUUCGUGUGAUCGGCCCGCGUGACGGGGGCAGCUGCUGUAUCAUCAUCACCAUCAUCAUCACCUUCGUCACCGUCGUCGUCAUUUUGCUAUACGUACGCUACACAGACGGCCAUCUUCUUCAGAGCGUGAUCUAGCGAGGGUGGUAGUUAAAGAAAACCUUUUCUCUUUCUCGUCUCGUUGGCCGCUUCUGGAACGUCGACAGCCUCCGAGAUGGAGCAGAAAACCCAGGAAGGGGAGACGACUCAGACGCCGAAGAAACGUCCACGCAAAGGGUCGCGUUCCACGCAAGCCUCCGAGAUGGAGCAGAAAAGCCAAGAAGGGGAGACGACUCAGGCGCCGAAGGGGGGACGUCAACGCCGAAGCUCGCGUUCCUCGCAAGCCGCAGAGAUGGAGCAGAAAAGCCAAGAAAGGGACACGACUCAGACGCCAAAGCGACAGCAGCGCAGAGGCUCGCGUUCCACGCAAGCCUCCGAGAUGGAGCAGAAAACCCAAGAAGGGGACACGACUGAGACGUCGAAGAGACGUCAACGCCGAGGCUCGCGUUCCUCGCAAGCCUCCGAGAUGGAGCAGAAAACCCAAGAAGGGGACACAACUCAGACGCCGAAGAAACGUCAACGCAGAGCAUCGCGUUCCUCGCAAGCCUCGAAGGCAUCCGAAAAGGCUCAGCAGCCCGACGACAAGCCCGAGGGGGCGCCGACGGUAAAAGCUGCAUCGGUCCACGACCAGACCGCGGCUCCCGGCAUGGGCUCUUCCGGAACAAGCUCCCAGAGGCAGCUGCAACAGAAGUGUCCGCAGGAGCAGCCGACGAGCACGGCGGCCGCCGACGGCGCCCCGGGAGCGCGGCGCGUUUCGUGGCACGAGAUCCUCCCCGACGCCAACGACGACGACGACGACGCCCCGCAGCAGGAGGUGCCGGUGUCGCUGGCGAUGAGGAUAGCCACGGUGGCCAUCAUCGUGUUCGCCAUCGUCAACGUGCUCGUGUUCGCCUACGCGAGCAUCGCCUCCUCGAAGCUGCCGCCGCUGAGAGAGCUCACCGAGCCGCCGGGGGGAAACCCCAUCUACAAGAUACCGGCCAAGGUGUUCAACGCCACCGGUGCCGCCGGUGGUGCCCGAACCGACUGGGCGCACAAUUCCACACGUGGCUGACUGCCCGCACUAUGACCAGACGUCGGCGCUAUAGAGAAGCCAAUAUAAAGCGUUCUUAUCGUCGAGUCGGCUAAGAAAUCAUCAACGAUCGCUUUUUAAACAUUUGGCAGGUGAUCGCCUGGCAUACGGUAAUACUUACGUACGACUGUUCUUUAGAACGUUUACAGGCAACAGUUUCACUUACGCCCGCAGUUACUAAUGAUUGUUAUACAGUUUAUACAGACUUGCACUUACGAAUACUUG